AUGUCGAGAUUUGUUCGUGCCUCUAAAUACCGUCACGUAUUCGGAACUGCCAGCAAGAGAGACCAGUGCUAUGAUAACAUUAAGGUAUCUCGGAGUGCCUGGGACACCAACCUCGUCAAGGCAAAUCAAUACUUUAUCUCUAUAAACUUGGAAGCUUCCGGUGGCGGUGCUUUUGCCGUCAUCCCUCACUCCAGCGUCGGAAAGAUUGGUGACUCUAUGGCUGUCUACAAUGGUCAUUCUGCUGCCGUGCUGGACACGGACUUCAAUCCAUUCAACGACCACGUUAUUGCCUCGGCUUCCGAGGAUUGCAAGGUUAUGGUUUGGACGAUUCCUAAAGGAGGUCCAACUGCCAACAUUAACACGCCAGUCCUCACUCUCAGCACACAUGGUCGUAAGGUCGGACACGUCCUCUUUCACCCGACAGCAGACAAUGUCCUCGCAUCCGCAUCUGCAGACUUCACCAUCAAAUUAUGGGAUAUCUCCAAAGGAACUGAAGCCGUAGAAUUAACUGGUCAUGGCGAUAUCGUAAACGCCUUGUCUUGGAACUGGAAUGGAAACUUGUUGGCCACCACAUGCAAAGACAAGAAGAUUCGUGUCUUUGACGUCCGUGCAAACAAGGUUGUAUCUGAAGCAAAAGGUCAUGAAGGUGUUAAAGGUUCACGUAUCACCUGGCUCGGAUCUACAGACAAGUUGGUUACUACUGGAUUUUCAAAGACUAGCGAUCGUCAAGUCUUUAUUUGGGAUAACAAGAGUAUGGCUGAACCUGUAAAACAAGAAUCUAUUGACACUGCCUCUGGUAUGUUGAUGCCAUACUUUGACGAGGGUACCAACAUGUUGUAUCUUGCCGGCAAGGGUGAUGGUAACAUUCGUUACUACGAAUUCAUUGAUGACGAGAACAGCUUGUACUUCUUGUCAGAAUACAAGUCAUCUGAACCAGCUCGUGGUCUUGGAUUUGUACCAAAACGAGCUUGUGACAUUUCCGCAGUGGAAGUCGCUCGUGCAUACAAAGUCCACCCAAGCUUAAUUGAACCUAUCUCAUUCCGUGUCCCGCGAAAGUCUGAUGCAUUCCAAGCUGAUCUCUUCCCUGAUUGUCCUGGUCCUGACCCGGCAUUGACUUCUGACGAAUUCUUUGCAGGAAAGACGAAACCACCAACCAUGAUAAACCUCGAGAAAGGAUUCGUUGCACCCAUAGCCAAGGAAUUCACUACAUCGGCCAUGUCUCUGAAUGAAUUAUCGUCUCCAAAAGGACCCUCCACUGACAAGGAAUAUCAAGAUGCAUACCACUCUCUUCGAAAGGAAAACGAUGAUUUAAAGAACGUACUCGCACAAAGAGAUGCCAAGAUUCGACAACUAGAAGCCCAACUUGGCUCAUUAAGCACAAAAUAG